GAACGUUACCUAGGCAUAAUAAAGAAACGGAAACGUAUACGACGUCUGAAUGACAGGAAGUUUGUGUUCGAUUGGGAUGCUGGGGAUGAUACUUCUCAAGAUUACAAUCAGCUGUACAAGGACAAACACCAUGUGCAGUUCUUUGGGAGAGGCAACAUUGCUGGAAUUGAUAUCAAGGCACAGAAAAAAGAUCAGUCAAAGUUCUAUGGUGAUCUCAUGGAAAAAAGACGUACAGAAACUGAGAAAGACCAGGAAAAGAAAAGACUGAAAAAUGUUGCCUCACGAGAGGCUAAGCAACGCUGGGAUGACCGUCACUGGUCUGAGAAACCCCUGGACAAUAUGGUUGAGAGAGAUUGGCGUAUUUUUAAGGAAGAUUUUAACAUCAGCUGUAAAGGUGGGAGAAUUCCAAAUCCUAUUCGUUUCUGGAAAGAAGCUGACUUACCUAAAGAGUUGCUUGACAUUAUUGACGAGGUUGGAUACAAGGAACCUACUCCAAUUCAAAAGCAAGCCAUUCCAAUUGGUCUACAGAACAGAGAUAUUAUUGGUGUGGCUGAAACUGGCAGUGGUAAAACGGCUGCUUUUCUCAUUCCACUUCUUAAGUGGAUCAUGACACUGCCGAAGAUUGAAAGGAUGGAAGAUGCUGACCAAGGUCCCUAUGCUAUUAUUUUGGCACCCACUCGUGAGUUGGCCCAACAGAUAGAAGAGGAGACCGUUAAGUUUGGCAAAAACCUGGGCAUUCGGGUUGUUUCAAUUAUUGGAGGUAUCUCUCGUGAGGAGCAGGGUUUCAAACUCAGACAAGGCUGUGAAGUUGUAAUUGCCACACCUGGUCGUCUGAUUGACGUUCUGGAGAAUCGUUACCUGGUCUUGAAUCAGUGUACCUAUGUUGUCAUGGAUGAGGCAGACAGAAUGAUUGACAUGGGUUUUGAGCCUGAAGUACGCAAGAUCCUUGAUUACUUGCCUGUAACAAAUGAAAAACCAGACACUGAAGAAGCAGAGGAUGACACAGCUAUGCUUCAGAAUUUCAACACCAAAAAGAAGUACAGACAGACUGUCAUGUUCACUGCAACAAUGCCUCCAACCAUUGAAAGAUUGGCUAGAACUUUCCUGCGGCGUCCAACUGUUGUUUACAUUGGUAAUGUUGGCAAGCCUGUAGACAGAGUCGAACAGAUAGUCUACAUGGUUGGUGAGAAUGAAAAGAGGAAGAAACUCUUGGAGAUCCUUAAUAAACGUGUUGAACCUCCAAUCAUCAUUUUUGUCAACCAGAAGAAGGGGGCUGAUGUGCUUGCAAAAUCUUUGGAAAAAAUGGGUUUCAAUGCCUGCACAUUGCACGGUGGCAAAGGUCAAGAACAGAGAGAGUUUGCAUUGGCCAGUCUUAAAGGUGGCAGUAAAGAAAUUCUGGUCGCAACCGAUGUUGCCGGUCGUGGUAUUGACAUCAAAGAUGUCUCUAUGGUCAUUAAUUAUGACAUGGCUAGAAACAUUGAAGAUUACACUCAUCGUAUUGGUAGAACAGGCCGUGCUGGCAAAGAAGGUGUGGCAAUCACUUUCAUUACAAGGGAGGACAGUGCCACAUUCUACGACCUUAAACAGGUCCUGUUACAGAGUUCCGUGUCCUCUUGUCCUCCUGAGCUGGCCAAUCAUCCCGAUGCACAGCAUAAAGCAGGCACUGUGGUGCAGAAGAAACGCAAAGAUGAAAAAGUGUACAUUAAUUAA